AUGAGCGUGGCAGGUCAACAGCCUCCUCCGGCACUACUCGAGCGCCCCGGCAGCCUCCUCGUCCCCACCUGGACUAAAACUGGUAUUGCCUUGCUGUAUGAAAAACUAUCCCAAAAUGCUUAUGACAUCCGACUGAAGCUUACAAAAGAGGUAUUAACAAUUCAAAACCAAGAUGUCGUCUGUGUUAGUGGGAGUGAUCACAGUGCAAAUCAUAGAACUGUUACACUUCAUAGACAACCAGUUGGUGGCUUGGGCUUAAGCAUAAAGGGUGGUGCUGAGCACAAAGUGCCUGUCGUCAUAUCAAAAAUAUUUAAAGACCAAGCAGCUGACCAAACAGGAAUGUUAUUUAUAGGAGAUGCCAUAAUACAGGUUAAUGGUAUAAAUGUAGAAAGUGCUACUCAUGAAGAAGUGGUACACCUACUGCGAAAUGCUGGCGAUGAAGUUACCAUCACUGUUCAGUACCUCAGGGAAGCUCCAUCAUUUUUAAAGCUCCCAUUAGGUUCCCCUGGACCAUCCAGUGAUCACAGCAGUGGGGCUUCAUCACCUCUCUUUGACAGUGGCUUACAUUUAAAUGGAAACUCAACUAACACUGCUCCAUCAUCACCUUCUUCACCUAUAGCUAAUGAGCCAAAGUAUGAGAAGCGGUGGCUAGACACCUUAUCAGUUCCUCUGUCAAUGGCUCGGAUCUCAAGGUACAAAGCUGGAACAGAGAAGCUAAGAUCUAACGCAUUUGAAGUGCUGGCACUCGAUGGAGUUAGUACUGGGAUACUUCAGUUUUAUACAGCCCAGGAGAGUGCUGACUGGCUGAGAGCAAUAUCAACUAACAUCAGUGAUUUGACACUUCAAAAUAUGAAAAUGGCAAAUAAAUGCUGUUCUCCCUCAGACCAGAUCAUACACAUGGGAUGGGUAAAUGAGAGACUUGAAGGAACUGAUUCAUCUCAGCUCUACAAAUCCAAAUUUCUAGCACUGAAGGGUUCUUCCUUUUACAUUUUCAGCACUCCACCGGUAAGCACUCUAGACUGGGUACGAGCUGAAAAAAUCUACAACCUCUGUGAGGUUCUAUUUAAAAUUCACAAGAUGAAAAAUCAAAUACUUGAACCUGUCUUUCAGCUCUGGCUUGCUGAUGAUUACUGGCUACAAGCAAAUUUGUAUUUAGGUAUUCAUCAGGACUAUGAUCUUGAAGACCAGAGGCCAUAUUGUUUCAGCAUUAUGGUUGGACAUGGCAAGAGUCAUUAUUUCAAUGUAGAGCUGGGCAGUGAGUUGGCAGUGUGGGAGAAAUCAUUUCAAAGAGCGAUUUUCUUGGAAGUUCAAAGAACAGGGUCUAAAACAUAUAUGUGCAGUUGGCAAGGGGAUAGUCUGAGUUUCACAGUUGACUUUGCUCUGGGAUUUACCUGUUUUGACAGUAAAACCAAGAACAUCUUGUGGAGGUUCAAAUUCUCUCAGCUCAAAGGCUCUUCAGACGAUGGGAAAACAAGAGUAAAAUUGCUUUUUCAGAAUCUGGAUACCAAACAAAUUGAGACAAAGGAACUUGAAUUUCAGGAUUUGACGGCAGUUUUGCACUGUAUUCACUCCUUUAUAGCAGCAAAAGUGGCAUCUGUGGAUCCAGUAUUCAUAGACAGUCAGAGUAUUGCAAGAAAGUAUAUGUACACUAACUGA